CAAUUUGAAUUCAUCGUUUCAAAUAAUUCUUCUUGAUCCUCUUUUUCAUUCAAUAUUUUUGAGAUUUUUUGUACUGUUUUUAUUAUGGCUCUCAUCUCUCAAUCUUCUGUAUUUUCUCUGUUCCUAAAAACUUUAAUUCUCAUGCAAUUGCAAAGGCAGCUGGCAGAGAGUGCCACGUGCGGCGAUUGUUUCACACGCUCUCGAGCCGCGCAUUACCCUAAUUCAGAGCAACAGGGAACGGACCAUGGAGCGUGUGGUUUUGGAACUUUUGGAGCAACGAUCAACGGUGGAGAUGUUGCCACCGCCUCUGAUCUCUACCGAAACGGCCUCGGUUGUGGAGCUUGUUACCAGGUGAGGUGCAUAGACAGUGAAUUGUGCUCGGAAAAGGGAGCAAUGGUGGUGAUAACGGACCACGGCUCAGGGGGUGGCGCCGAUUUUAUAAUGAGCAGAAGAGCCUACGCUGCAUUGGCUCAAACCUAUGAGUCUGCUGCUUCUUUGUUAGCCCUUGGUGUCAUUGACAUUGAAUAUAAACGAGUGGAUUGCAGCUACCCAAACAAGAACAUAACAAUUAAGAUUGAUGAAAACAGUGACCCUCCUCAUUACUUGGCCUUUGUCAUAAGGUUUCAACAAGGCAAAAACGACAUCACCGCUGUUCAACUUUGCGAGACGAAAAACUUCGUGUGCAAGCUAUUGGAUCGGAGCUACGGGACGGUGUGGACGACGGCGGCGCCGCCGAGAGGGCCGCUGUCGUUGAGAAUGUUGCUGACGAACGACGACGGCGACGAGCAAUGGAUCGUCCCGGUCAACGAUAUUCCUCGGAACUGGAAGGCCGGAGACACCUACGACACUGGAGUUCAAGUUAAUUAAUUAAUUGAUCUUUUUUUUUCUUUGUGGUUUCAAUUGUUUAUUUUUAAAUUUUCUAAAAGUUGUUUCGAUUGAAAAAAAAAAAAAACUCCCACUGGAAAAUUCAAUUGUGUUUCUUCCCAGCUGAGGAUGAAAAAUCUUAUUGGAUUGGUUUGAUUUUCUCCUCCUUUUGGUAUUUGAAUUGAAGGUAUAAUUAAUUUUUCAAUAUAUUUCUAAUUAUUGAUA